AUGCUUCAACGCUGCCAAAACACUCGCAGCACCAUCACUAUUCCUGCCGUUGCCUCUGCCGAACCGAGCAGCAUAUUCUCUGCACUUGCAACCGCUUCCUCGUCCAUCCUGCCUUCUUCCUCGUCCGGCCUUCCUCCUCGUCCGGCCUUCCUCCUCGUCCGGCCUUCCUCCAUCGGCACCUGCAACGUCGAGGGCUUCGACAUCGACUUGCACCACGGCCUUUCGAGCCACGCUUCCCGCAAGAUGAGAAAUGGGACCUUCAUCAUCCCCAGUACCGGCGAGCGAUCGAGGCGCCAGUUCACCCUCCGAUCUCCGCCUGCCCUUGGCUCGUCGGGAGGCGACGGCACGGCCGACUCGUCGGCGGCCACGACGCCGGUCGCACCGACGACGCCGACGACGGAAAGCUUCCUCGCAAAAGCCCACACGGCCUACCGAUGGGUCAAUUCGGAACAGGGCCACCAGGUGCUCAAGUGCACCCUGGCCUACCUCCUCGGCAGCCUCGGCACCUUCUGGCCCGUCCUCUCCGACUUUCUCGGCCGCCGCGACGGGAAGCACAUCGUCGCCACCCUGACCGUCUACUUUCACCCUGCGAGGACGGCCGGCUCCAUGCUCGAAGCCGUCAUGAUUGCCAUCAUCGCCGUCGCCUACGCCGAGGCCGUCUGUGUCCUGUCCAUGGCGGCCGCCGUCGCCUCCCGCAGCUGCAUGGGGUCCGUCGUGCCGGCACACGCCAUCGUCCUCGUCGUCUUCGUCGGAGGGGGCCUCGGCUUCGUCGGAUGGUUCAAGCAGAAGAUGAACCAGCCUCUCGUCAACACGGCCACCACCUUGGCCUCCAUGGCCAUCAUCUCCGUCGUCACCAAGGAAGAAUCCGUGCGGGAAGGGUACUUUUCCGGAGAUAAGAUUGUCCAGGUGCUCAAGAUGCUCCUCCUCGGCAUUACCUUCACCGUCGUCGUCAACCUCCUGGUCUGGAGGGUAUCCGCCCGACACGUCUUGCGCGAGUCCAUGGCCACGGCCUCCAUGUGCCUGAGCGACAAGCUGUCCUUCAUCGCCCGGGGCUUCCUCAACGGCACCGACGACGAGGUCAGCUCCCCCGCCUAUGCCAAGAUGACGGCCGAGUACCAUGGCGCGUACGCGCAGAUGUCUCAAUCGUUGCGCGAGGCCAAGCUCGAGUACUACUUUCUCGGCCGCGAGCGUGUCUACGGCCUCGACAAGCGACUCUACAAGUCUGUCGAGGCCCUGUCCCGCGCCAUCGGCGGCCUGCGAAGCGCCCUCGACACCCAGCUGGCCCUCUUGAAGGAGGUCCCGGCCGCGCCCUCGCGAUCCGGAUCCAUGGUCUCGCCCGCACGCCCGACCCUCUCCCCGCCGCUCGUCAGGGCCGUCUCCAAUUUCCUGGAAGAAGGACGCGAGCCUCUGUCCGUCAUCGAAGAAGACGAGGCCGAGAGACAGGCCGCGGCAUCGCCCCAGACACAGCAGGGCCCGGUGCUCGACAUUUCCGUCGUGUUCCGAGCGCCCUCGGACAUCUUUUCCCACUUCAUGACGCUGCUGGGCCCUUCGAUGAAGUCGCUGGUCUACACCCUGUCGGAGACGAUACGAGAGUCUCCCUUCGACAAGGCCCGCAGCAGCAAGGUCGUCGUCAACGACCGGCUCCGAGAAAGCCUGCAGGAUGCCCUCAGACUGUACAACAAUGCUCGGCGUGACGCGUUGUAUGAGCUGUACAAGAGCAUAGAGCUCGGCCGCUCGAGGUCGGAGAAGAUCCAGGCCGACAUCGAAGAGGUCGCCGCCGCCUGCGGCCACUUUUCCUUCACCCUGAUGGCCGUGGCCGACGAGAUGGACCUGUACCUGGAUGUCCUCCAGGACAUGAAGCAGACGACCGAGAUGCACGGCCGGAGCUGGCGUUGGCUCAGGUUCUGGACCUGUUGGAGCCCGUCCGCUCGGCGAAGCCAAGCAGACGAUCCCGAAUGCGACGCCUUGCUGCCGAAGAAGCAGACGCGACCUGUCAUGAGAUCGGCGCUGCCCAAGGGCAUUCCCGAAUCCAUGGUGAGGCGAAAGGACUCCUUCAACUGGGACGCGGCGCCCCAGUCCAGCACUCUUGUUCGCACCCUGUCGCAAAGGACCUUGGCUCUCAUGCGCUUCCUGGCCAGAGAAGACGUCAGCUUCGGCAUCAAGGUCGGCAUCGGCGCCGUCCUGUGGGCCAUGUUUGCCUUCAUAUCGGCAACGCGGCCCAUGUACCAGCACUGGAGAGGCGAAUGGGGGUUGCUGUCGUACAUGAUUGUCGUCGGUAUGACCACGGGCGCCUCGAACACGACCUCUACCGCUCGGCUCAUCGGAACCCUCAUCGGAGGCGCCUGCGCUUGCGUAUCGUGGAUCGCCAGUCAGGGCAACCCUUACCUCCUCGCCCUCUUCGGGUGCCUCGUCGCCUUUUGGAAUUUUUACCUCAUCUUGGUGAGGCAGAACGCGCCACUGGGCCGCAUCUCGCUCUUGGCCUACAACGUCAUCGUUCUGUACGCCUACAGUCUUUCGCAGGAUGUGGACGAUGACGACGACGACGAAGGCGGUAAGAACCCUCUCAUCUUCAACAUCACCUGGCAUCGAGUCGUCGCCGUCGUGUUGGGAAUCCUUUGGGGCAUGAUUAUUUGCCGCCUUCUGUGGCCCAUCUCGGGCCGCCGUAAAUUUCGAGAGGGUCUCUCGGUGCUAUACCUGCAGCUGGGGCUUAUAUGGAAGCGCGGCCCUUUGGAGAUACUCGCGGAGAGCAACACCACGCUCGACUACAUGCGCGAGGGGGAGCAAGCCGCCCUCCAACGCUAUGCCUUCAAGCUGGAGUCGUUGCGAAACUCGGCCAAAUCCGAGUUUGAGCUUCGCGGCCCGUUCCCCCACGAAGCCUACGGGCGCAUCAUGCACUCGACCAAGCACAUCCUCGACGGAUUUUACGCCAUGCGCCUCCUGACCCAGCGGCGACCGACCCCGUCUGCCGGCGAGCGUGCCCUUUUCGGCUUCACGUGCGAGGAGCGCGCUCGUCUAUGCCAGCGCAUAUGCCACGUCUUUCAGGUGCUCGCCUCGAGCAUCAUGCUCGAGUAUCCGCUCACCGACGCCAUCCCCACCAUCGACACGACCAAGGAUCAGCUCCUCGGCAAGAUAUACCAGUUUCGAAAGGAUCAUAUGGAAGCCGGGCUGGUACGCGCUGGUGAGGCGGACGGAACUAACGAAUCUACCGUCGCCCCAGUGCCCACCGCUGCCGAGGUGGCCGAGGAGAAGGACUAUGCGUUGCUGUACGCCUACACACUUGUGACGGUGCAGGUGGCCGAGGAGCUGAAGAGCGUUCGACGCGAGAUCGAGAGCUUGUUCGGCGUGUUGAAUUCGGAGGACUUGUUGCUCGAGUACACAUGA